AUGGCGGUGGCGGCGUUCGAGGCCUACAAGGACUGGGUUCGCCGCAACCGACAAUGGCUGUCGUCGGCCGAAAGCAUGGCGAAUGUGAGCGAAAGCAUGGCGAAUGUGAGCGAAAGCAUGGCGAAUGUGAGCGAAAGCAUGGCGAAUGUGAGCGAAAGCAUGGCGAAUGUGAGCGAAAGCAUGGCGCAUACUCUCACGUGGCUCCUUCCUGACCGAUUGGCCGAGUCAGAGAUCGCACCAGAAGCUCUUUCGACAUUGAUUGGAGUGAUCUCCGUUAUAAACGACCACAUUAUCGAGACAGCUCCUACUGAAGCCCCUCCCCAAGCCAACAGCCGCUCCCAUAGGCCUGCCAGGGAAUGGGGGCGGGAAGGGGGGGAGGGAUGGGGGGGAAGAACGGGGGUAAGAAUUGGGGGAAGAGAGAGUGGCAGGGGUGAGGCGGGGGAGGCGGCGGAGGUGAGGGGAGAAGGUGAAGGGGAAGAGGAGGAGGGGGGAGAGGGGAAGGGGGGAAUAGGGAUGGUGCCGUGGGCGCUGGUGCUGGCGGUGGUGAAAGAGGGGGAGGUGCUGGGUGAGAUGGCGGCAGAGCAAUGGCUUGGGGAGGAGGGCAAGUGGACGGCUGUUGCUGGGAUAGAAGCCGUCAAGGAGGUGCUGGAGGAGAUGGCGGCAGAGCAAUGGCUUGGGGAGGACGGCAAGUGGACGGCUGUUGCUGGCAUCGAAGCCGUCAAGGCCGCAAUCCGCCUGCUCCUGUUGCACCGCGACAGGUGGCGACUGCUCAUUGGAGGAGGCAGCACGGAGAAUCCUGGCCCAAGCAAACCCUCCCCUACCCCAUCAAAUUCAUCCUCGUUACAAGCCCAGCAGCCGUCCCUCUAUCAGCAGCAGCAGCAGCAGCAGCAGCAUAGCACAGGUGGUCCUAUGGGUUACAGUGGUGGUAACGGUGGUAACCACCGGGGCGUGAAUGGACAGCAGGCAGCAACGACUAGGGCACUGGCUGGCGCCACGUCAGCUGCACACGUGGAAGAUGGGUCUGCCACGUCAGCUGCGUGCGUGGACGAUGGGGACACCACGUCAGCUGGGGAAAAAAGUCCGGCAUUGUCCAAGACAAAGCAAGUAGAUUGGAUUCGCUGCAUGCACGUGACAGCAGAGCUGAUCCACAUCUUCCGCCCUCUGCUCUACGUGCUCGCUAUUCGAGCUGUAGCCAGAUCAGCUCGCUCCAGAGCAGAGCAUUCGUCUCCUCUUUUCAUGCUGCUGCUGCUGUUCAUCGUGCUGCCCCCUUCCCUCUCCCUUCCCUGGUAUCUCCCUCUGUGUUCAUUCCAGGCACAGCAGCACUCAAACCACUCCCAGGGCAGCCAGGCAGGAGGUGGUGGUGGUGGUGGGUGCGAUGGAACCCCCUACGUUGGAAAAUACGAGCAUCCUCUAGAAGGCAUUCGUUCGUUGGUUCGCCCGAUUCCUCUUCUCGGCUCCCUCGCAGAGCGAGGCGACAGGAAGGGGCUGCCGGAAAACGCGAAGGAGGGCAUCACACAGGAACGAUUAGUCGAGGCAAGACUGGCAUCACUGGUGGCAGCAGAGCCACUGGCAGCGGCGCUAAGAGAAACGCUUAGCGAGGUGUCGGGUGUGAGGGAGGCAGUGCGGCAGGAGGGAGCAGUGCAGGCGGAGCUGGGGGAGGUGGUAUCUGAGGUGGCGCGGUUCCAGGAGCAGCACAGAAAGUGGGCUGCAGCAUUCAACGAGCUCCACACUGCAAUCAAGGAAAUUGGAGACUUUGAGAAUUGGAUGAAGGUGAUGGAGAGAGACAUUGCGCUUGUUACAACCACGGUAGAAAUAGUCACCCAAUCACCAAAGAAACCAUGA